AUGCUAUUCACGGCUCUAUCGUGUAUUCGAGCCACAGCUUCGACGUUGAGUAUUUUGGUGAUGGGCGCUGUGCUGCUGAAGUUGAAAUUUCAAGUUGAUGAAAAGAAUACGUUUGCAAGUGAUGCGCGUUUGGCUGCCUUCAAACGGCGUCAACGUGCUUUCACCCGAGUCAUGCAACUCUCUUGUACAGCAACUUUCUGUGAGUCCAUUCAAAUACGCUCAUUCACUAAAUUUUCACCACUAAAACUGAUUGACGUCAAGUCUGAUUCGACUGCAUCGGCGGGGAUUGAACUCACGCGCACAAAUCAGGCGCUAGUUCUUUGA